AUGACGAACCUCUUCAACACCAGACCGAAGAAAUUCGGACCCGGCAGCCGCCAGUGCCGCGUGUGCUUCAACCGCCACGGUAUGGUCCGCAAGUACGGCUUGAUGAUGUGCCGUCAGUGCUUCAGGGAACGCGCCAGCCAGAUCGGCUUUAUCAAGGUAAGGGCGGAAACCAGUUGCUCCAAGACCAAAUUUUCGCUUUGGCUCUUCCCAUCUCUUCACCGUCUGUUCGUGUACCCGGUGUUUCGUCGCGAGUUGUCUGCAGCGGCACUGGAACAUCGCCGCAGCGAGUCGUAG